UUCUCAGCUAGUGCAAUUUCUUCUUCCAGAACUGGUGAUGCCGACUCUAGGUUUGAUGAAGGUGGCAUUGAAGAAGCAGAGUCGUCACUGAGAGAAGCUCUUUCUCUCAAUUAUGAGGAAGCCAGGGCACUGCUGGGAAGGCUGGAAUACCAGCGAGGCAAUGUAGAAGCAGCACUUCAGGUGUUUGAGGGAAUAGAUAUGAACAGGAUAACAUCAAAGAUGAGGCAAGCGAUUUCUGAAAGGGUGCAAAGCCGGAAAAUACGCUCUCGCAAUGGAAGCAAUCAUACCAUGUCGAUGCAUGAUGUCAGUCUUCUCCUUGAAUCUAUUCUUCUAAAAGCAAAGUCUCUGCAAGAGAUUGGGCUUGCUAAAGAAGCGGCACAAGAAUGCAAAAUUAUUUUAGAAACAGUUGAACCUGCUCUAUCUUAUGGCCUGCCUGAAGCUUCUGAAGUUGAUUUGAAAGUGAAGGAGAAUGUGAGCAAGGCAGCAGAAUUACUUCCAGAACUUUGGAAACAGGCAGGCAUGUUUCAUGAAGCCAUAGCUGCUUACAGACGGGCAUUAUUCAAUCCCUGGUGCUUAGAUUCUGAACGGUCGGCUCGGAUACAGGAAGAGUUUGCCAUAUUCUUACUUUAUGGUGGUAUUGAAGCAGGACCACCCAGUUUGGGUUUGCAAGUGGAGGGUGCAUUUGUUCCUAGAAAUAAUAUAGAGGAGGCUAUACUGUUGUUGUUAAUUCUCCUCAAAAAAUUUGUCCUUAAAAAGAUUGCCUGGGAUGAGACAAUCAUGGAUCACCUUAGUUUUGCCUUAUCAAUUUCUGGUCAAUUUGAAACAUUAGCAGAUAAGAUAGAAGAAGUAUUACCUGGUAUAUACAACAGAUCGGAUCAAUGGUACACCCUUUCUCUAUGCUAUAGUGCUGCAGGGCGUUACGAAACUGCUUUGAACCUUCUAAGGAAGUGUUUAGGUCCUUCAGAGAAGCCGGAUUAUUAUCCAGCGCUUCUAUUGGCAGUAAAAUUAUGUGGGAAAAGCUCACAAUAUGCUUGUGAAGGUGUGAAUUUUACACGUAGAGCUUUAGAAAGCACUGAUUAUGAAAGUCGCCAUAUGAAAGGUGUGGCAAAUCAUUUGCUUGGGAUUGCCCUGGGUAAACAAGCUAGAUCUGUUGUGUAUGACUCUGAAAGGGCUCAGAUACAACGUGAGGCCCUUACUACUUUGGAAAAGGCUGCAACCAUAGAGACUAGAGAUCCUGAGAUAAUGUUUAAUCUUGGGCUGGAAAAUGCUGGGCAGCGGAAUCUAGAUGUAGCAUUGAGAUGCACAAAGAAAUUCCUGGAUAUGGUGGCAGGGGCUUCAGUAAAAGGUUGGAGGCUCUUGGCGCUUGUAUUGUCAGCACAAAAGCACCUUUCUGAUGCGGUAUUGAUCAUUGAUGCUGCUCUGGAUGAGACUGAAAAGAGGAGAUUGAGAUUAUUGCAGAAAGCUUAUCCAUUAGUGGCAGGGAGGCGAUGGUCAAUGCAGGGCACCGCCUGUAUAUAA